ACGGCUGGUGGAGGAAGGGGAGACGAGUAGACCCAGUAACGCGGGACGGAAACGUUUUGUAUGAAGUAUAAACUCUCACUUCGUCGUUAACAUUUAGUUAAUUAACUUUCUUUAUGUCUGUGUGUCGGCGGAGACUUUAAAGCACCGAGGAAUAUAAGUUUGUUUCUUCAAAGUUGCAGAGGUGAGAUUUGACCUGAUUCAGAUGCAGGAGAUCAAUGAGGCCUGCAGCCUGGAUGAUGACAUGGUGGACGGAGACCUGGGUGAUGGAAUGGGAGUCAGAGCAGCACCCAGCUCCACUCGUACGAAGAGCCAAAGCUUCACUGGUCUCUCAGAGACCCUGCUGUCCCAAGCAGAGCUGCGCAGGUGCAGCAGCCAGUCAGCAGAGACAGCCUGGAUCCUGGGACUGAAGACUGCAGAGGUACAGCAGAGAGCCCGCUGGAAGCUGCCACUCUAUGCAGGCUCCUUGGUUGACCUAUCCAAAGAUGAGCUGAGAGACAGACUACAGGAAGCACGUGAGGUGAUAGAUGCAUUAUCCUGUGAGCUGGAGGUGGCACAUCGAUACCUUGAAGGCAAAUACGAAGCUCUGAAGAUCUUACAGGGAAAGGCCAUUCUUGACAAAGCCACCAGUCACACUAAAAGUCUGCUGCAGAAGAGCGAGGAGAAGGCCAAAGCUCUGGAGAAGGAGGUGAACAGUUUGCAGUGGGAGCUCAGCUUCAACCAGGUCCAGAUGAAGAAGUCUGAGCAGUCCUGGGAGCAGAAAUACAACAGAAUUUUGAGUGAGAACAAGACUCUGACGGACAACCUGCAGGAAAGAAAGCACGAGAUCCAGCAUAUCCGAGCAGAAAAUUCUGCCUUAAGUCGACAGUGCUUGGAGCUUCUCUCCAUGUUGAAUGUGAAAGAGCAGAGAACCUACCAAGGAACCAAACCUCAGUACGGCCCAGAGAGAGACGCAAGUGUUCUGGAGCUGGCAGUGUUGGGGGCCUGCCAAUGCCUUGGAGUUGCGGAAGCUUGUCCGUGCAGUCGGACUGCUGCUGCCAGCAGGAAGCAGCUGGUCCAGCUGCAGCAGGAGCUUGAUGCUCAGCGUUCGAGGAGAGAGGAGGCGUUGAUGGUUGCAGAUGCUUUUCGCAUUGCCUUCGAACAGCAGCUGAGAAAACGAAGUGAGCACUUUCUGCUGCUGGCUGAGGCUAACAUCCUGAAAUCCCAUCACUGCAAGGCUGAAGGUGCUAACAGGAGUCCUUUAAUCAGUGUGAGCCAGAGGUUGAGGGGAUUGCUGCCUUCAGGUUUAGAGUUGAAGAUGCCUGAUGAUCUUUUAGAGACUCUCUACAGACUGCUGGACUUGCUGAAUGACAAGGAGGAGGCCCUGGCCCACCAGAGGAAGGUGAGCAUCAUGUUGGCCCACAGUGCAGAGGAGCUGCAGAGACAGUUGAACCUAGACUCACAAUGCCGGCCGUCGGAUCCAUCAGAGCCCAGCAUCACAUCAAAGCAACCGCAAGACCCCUCGAGGAGUCAGAACCAGUCUCAGCAAACAGCUGAUCCAUCAGAGUCCAGCAUCCAAGCAAGGCAACAACCGGAGCUGCCAGUUUCCCAGCUCUCCGAGUCCAGGGCUGAACCACAGGAGCUGUCAGACCCAUCACAGACUGACAUCCAGCCCCUGUCUAACCACAAGAGCCAUGGGUCUGAAGUCCAACAGUCACACCAGUCAGAGUCCUGAUGCACCCACAGGAUCCACCAGACCACUCGCCUCAGCCGCAGACAUAGCCACAGCAGUUAGGAUUUGAUCGUGAAAGAACAAAGGAAGACGUCGGUGUAGCAUAUGAGAUGUAUCUGAAGGAAUGGAAUAGAGGCAUGUGCUGUGGCCUGACCACUCGCUGGUGUCCCAGCAGCUAUUGGAGCUAUUGGUGGGCUGGGACAUCCCACCCCACAAACUACAUCUCAGAAGCAGUUUUUACUGCUACUUUCAAGCCUGGAACAGCAAAUGAAACGUUUAGAACGUGUUGAACUUGCUGUUAUUGAUAGAGAAUAUGGGAAAAUUUAUGAACCUGCAUCAGUUUGAAAAUCAGAAGUCAAGACUAGUUUGUCCAGUCAAGAAUGGCUGGUGUAGGAGUAGGAAGAGUUCCUGUUGUUGUCUCAGUGAAAGAGACACAUGUCUGUCAGCCAGCCUACCUGCGCCAUGCUUGACCUGCUGGCUGGUUUGUGACUCACUAGUAACGGUAAUUAAUGAGACUAAUAAUGCGGCAGACAAGACAAAUUAACAUGUAACAUGAGAACAGAUGGCGAGAGGGGAGGAGAGGAGCUCAGUGCAUCAUGGGAAGUCCCUUGGCGGUCUGAGCCUAUAGCAGCGUAACUAGGGGAAGGUUCAAGGCAAAGCCUGAGCCAGAACUAAGUAUACGAUUUAUCACAGAGGAAAGUUUUUAGCCUCCUCUUAAACAUGGACAGGGUGUCUGUCUCCCAGACCCAAACUGGUAGGUGGUUCCACAGGAGAGGAACCUGGUAACUGAAGGAUCUGCCUCCCAUUCUACUUUUGGAGACUCUAGGAGCCACAAGUAAUCCUGCAUUCUAGGAGCACAGUGUUCUAGUGUUCCGGUGUUCAAGGGUUGCAGGGAACUAUGAUAUGAAGCUCCUUAAGAUAUGAUGGUGUCUGACUAUUGAGGGCUUUGUAGGUGAGGAGCAGGAUUUUAAAUUCUAUUCUGGAUUUUAGAGGGAACCAAUGCUGAGAACCUAAUACAAGAGAAAUAUGAUCUUGUUUCCUGCUUCCAGUCAGUACUCACACUGCAGCAUUUUGAAUCAGCUGCAGACUUUAGAGACUUGUUGGAGCAGCCUGAUAAUAAGGAAUUAUUAACUUACAUCUUUUUUGAAACACGAUGUGUCUGAUUUUUGCAGUGUUACGUAGGUAAACAAAUCCUUGAAGUUUGUUUGAUGUGGGAGAUAAAGGACAUGUCCAGUGUGAUGUUCUAAGAAUGUUCUAGUGAAGACGAGUAACUCUACCUCUGCCUCCACAGACUGACAUUCAUGAUAUUUGAUAUAUAUAUUUGAUAAUACCGGAUAUUUUGAGAUGUAACUUGUGCUUUAACAAUCAAAGAGGAGUUGUACAAUGGCUAUCAUGCUGAUUUUGGUCUUAUGGAAUAUUAUAACACUUUCAUUAUUUUUUUCCACAAGUUAUUCUGUGCUUUCAUUUAGCUGAUAUGACAGUUAAAUACAUUACAUGACUUCAAACUUUUUUUUUUUUUUUUUAAAUGAGAUCUGCUUUCAAUAGCAGAGCAGAUUCUGGAAGCCUUGAAAUGGUGAGCUCGACUGGAAAUACAAACCUCUGUACAUUCGGACUGAGAGAAAAACUGUCACUGUGAGCUGAGAAGAGUUUUAUGUGUUCCACAGUCUUUGGCCUUUGAGUUAUUGUCCAGUCUCUUGUAUACAAGCAGCUUCUAUAAUAAUCAGGCUUCUUUGAGAUGAUGUUUAAUCCUUUCGAUUUUAAGUUUGGACUGGAGGUCAAUGAGAUCUCACCACCAUGUUCCUGAGAAACUAAAUGCGCCCAUGUUUUGAUAAUUUCAUGAAAUUUGUGGAUAUUAAACUUUUCCAUAAAUUUCUACCUCACCAAAUUCAGCUGGAGAGACUAGAGGCCGGUUUGGCGUUUACACUGGACUGAAAAGAUGAAGAUCAUGAGAUAAUUAUUUAAUAGUCGUGAGGAUACAGAAAGUUAGUUCCACCCAUUAUCUGUAUGGCUUUGCUUUCAAAAAGAAACAGUCGAUGCAUGUACCUCUUUUUAUUUAUUUAUUUAUUUUUAUUCAUUGGUCCCCUUGGUGUGAUGUUAUUCAAACCAAGGGGCAUUUGUGUGUCAUCUGAAGCCAAAGUUGAAUUUAACGUGUUUGUUAGAAAAGUCUCACAUGUUUGGGAUAGGGUUAGAGGUGCAUUGUGCUGUUAAAGAUGUUUUGGAACAGGCUAAAAAAUAUUGGCAUUACGCUGAUUUUUUACAGUGUUAAAGAAAGGAGCAAAGACAGCAGAAUAUGUUAACUUUAUCUUCCCUGAUCAGUGAGGAUGGACGGAGGACGGCUUCUCACAAUGUUCCUGACGAUGGACACCCUGUAGUCAGACUGCAUUCUGACUUUUCAAUGAACAGAAUGAGACGUCUGCCUUCUGUGUGAAGCUCGUCCUAUAUCUGUGAGAAAACUCAGGCGAAAUAUACAUUUUGAAUGUGCUGUUUGAUUGGGAAUAGCGUGCUUUGACUUUUGGCAGCGAAUUGUGCAACCAUGGCAACGCAAGUUCCAUAGAAAAACAAUGGAAAGUCAUCAAGACCUGAUUAAACCCUCCCCUUUUUGGAGCCUCAUCUUAGUUUCGCAUAGAAACAUACUUAAACCUUUAAAUGGGCUUCAGGACUUCAGUAUUUUGAUUAUUUUAUUAUUUUAAUCAGAAUUUUGAAAUUCUCUCCAUAAUGCCAACUAUAGAUUUAAAAAUGAUCCUUUGUCUUAUGUUUUACACAGAUAAUUAAAAACAGUGUGUUCGUUGUCUUUUGUUACCUCAUGUUUUUUUUUUUUGUUUUUUUUUUUUAAUGUUCUGAUAAUAACUGAUUGUAGGCACAUUCUAAAUCUUACAAAAUAUGCACAUAAAGUUUAGAGUUAUUGGUUGAUAAAUAUCUCCACUCUUUUAUUUUUAAGAGUCCUGUGUUUUCAGCUUUUAUUUUUCAAGCACCAAACCCAUGCAUACAUAUACAUGUAAAUAAAUCAUGUACCCCAUUGCUGAUUUUAUUAACUAAAAUCCUGUUACUCUUAAAAUAUACAGGUGAUGUUUUGUGAAGGGUGUUAACAUCCUGUUUCAGGGCCUUUCUUCUGUGUCAGAAUCUGCUAAACAAAAACACUCCUGUAUCCUCCUGUGUUUUCCGGUGCACAGUGCAUCUUUUUCAUAACCUCCUCCAUUGUUGUUGUCAUAAAAAUGAGCACACUGUGUAUUUGUGUCUGUGUAUUUAGGGAUUUUUUAUUUUGGACACAUCCAUCAUCAGCAGUCUUAUCUCACAGGAUAUAAUCUGUUCUGGAAAACAGGCAAAUAUCUUUUACAUGGAUACACAUAAAAAAAAAAAAAUCAAAACAUGCUUUUGGAUUUUUACUAAUUAGAGAUUCUACUAAACAUUAACGUGUUGUUUCCUGCUAAACAUCAAAACACACAGAUCCACACUAACAGCACAAACACACACCACAUGACCCCUGGAUUUUACAUGUGUAUGUGUAUCAGCCUCCAUCUGUACCACAGUGUUAAUCCUCUGUCACGUCUCUAACACGUUCUGACUGAUGUUUAAAUCUAGAACAUUGUGUUGUCGUUGUCAUUGUCAUGUGUUUCAUUAUCGACAGCAUCACACAGCAAAGUUCUCAUCUAACAUUUGACCUACAGACUCCACACGUUUCCCAUCAUUCUAAAGUGUUUCUGACCUGAGAUGAAAAUGCUCCCUGUGCUGUCACAGCAGAACCACACUUGUCUGCUCCUUUUA